AUGGCCACUGCACGCACGCUUCUCCGACUUGCAGACGAUGCUGAGGAUGUCGCCUCGGGGUUGAAAGCUUUCCGUGACGGACUACCAAGGAGUGCCACCAAGAUUACUAGCAUCAUCGCUGAGCUCUUUCAUGUCAGCGCCGUGCUGAGGGCUGUCAGUGAUCCAGGAUAUGUAACUACGUCUCGCGUCGAAGAUGAUCUCGAGCUGGUAUCCCCGACGCUCCGUCGGACGCUUGAUGGAUCAUUCGACAUGUUCGCUCGUUCGAGAGAGCGGCGAUUGGAGGUUGCGUGGGCGGAUCUGUGUGACCAGAUGGAGCGAGAGGAAGGCUUGGGCAUGCUUGAGCGACUGGAACUGUAUCACGACUUCUUGAAAGCACAGCAGGACGUUAUGCUGGGAUACCGCAUUAGGGAUCUAGGAUCCAUGAGGCGGAAGCUGGUGGCUCUGCUUGACCAACAUGAGGCAUUGGACCGGCGUGCACAGCGGCGGGCCAUCGAUGCGUCUGGUAAGUCUGUCUUCCUGAAGCCUUUCUCGGCGGCGCUAAGUCACAUUCGCUCAGCAGCCAGCACACCACGCCCUCCACGUCCCCGUGUGCCACGGCGUGAAACACCUGCAUCGCCCACAAGCCCCGUACAAGGUUAUCAGGACCCAUACCGUAGAGGUGCGAUGCCUCCUCCUUCUGCACCCGACCCUCCACCUCCGCUUUCACCCACAUUCACCUCCAGCUCAUCGCAGACCUUGAAUUCCAGUCACACGUCUUAUUCGAGCGACACAGCUUUCAUGCCCGUCCAGCCUCAACUAGUGCAUUGGGCACAGAAUGUGUUUGAUGGCCAGUAUCCGAGCCAUGCUUUCGAGCCCGCGUACAGAAGCUCCUUCGAACAAGACCAGCUGUGGGUACAUUUGUACUUCCGACCGCACGACAGCAGAGCCCGCAUCUUGAUCACCACAAAGGAUGACCUCGGCCGACCGCAGCACUCUUGCACUCCCUUGACGACCCUGAAAGUGAUCCGCGAGGAGUCAUUGCUCCAAUUGUGUCGCUGGCGUCGCGAUGGCACAUACGAACCUUGGGCGCAGCUCAAUUUCGUCUUCUACGAACGAAUGGUCCUCUUCUACUCCACCUUCGUGGCCAUGAAACGUCAAGACAGCCGGCAAGUGGAACAUGACGCGCUGCUCGACGAGUGCGAGCUUGAAGAGAGCAAUGGGCGUCGGGGAGAAGAGAUUUUAUAUGCUUCAAGGAUUCGCGAUGGGAGAAUGCUGCACACUCUACGGCUCUACCAGGAUCGUGGCUCUGGAGUCAUCCGACUUGAGGCUUCGCCACAUAGAGGGCCGAUGGAGUUCGUGCCGUUGUGGACCGCUUUUGUCACGCGCUUCGCGGAUCAGGGUGAUGAUGCUUGGGCGCAGUUUGAUGGCAACGGCGUUGUUAGCUUGGCUGCGCUGAGACCGCCUCCUUAUGUUUUUCUGAGUCCGUAUGAGCCGCCGAAGAACAGGGAGCGGCUGUAUGUGUUGCAGUUCACGAGUGAUAAUGACCCAUCCAUUCUCGUGGAAGAAGAAAGUCUACCAGGCUACGAAGCGGAGCACUACUACCCUGUGCAUCCGGGAGAGGCGUUCAAUGGACGCUACAAGACCACCGACAAACUUGGCUUUGGUUCAGCAUCCACUGUCUGGCUCUGCAAUGACCUCCAGCAGGCUGGCGAGUACGUGCCACUGAAAGUGUACAUCAACCGCUCGAAGGUACAGCGCGAACUUCCGAUAUACGAGCACAUCAACAGCCUGCGUUCACAGCAUGAGGGACGUGAUCGUGUGCGGAAGUUGCUCGAAAGUUUCAAGGUUGAGGGCCCUCAUGGGAGACACAUGUGUCUUGUCCACGAACCGUUGGGCAUCACUCUGGAUGAAGUGAAAAAAGAUGAGCCCGAUGGCGUGCUAUCGGCUGCCCUCGUCAGGGAGUUCUUCCGCUACAUCAUCCGUGGCCUAGAGUUCUUGCAUGAGGAAGCACAUGUCAUCCACACAGCUGGACCUCCUGCAUUGAGCGACUUGAGUGAGGCGAGGUUUGGAGAUGCCGAGAACACCGGUGACAUCAUGCCAGAUCGUUACAGGGCGCCGGAAGUGAUCUUAGGUCUGCCAUGGAGCUAUCCCGUGGAUAUUUGGGCCCUUGCGAUUGUGACAUGGGACCUCUUUGAGGUCACCUCUCUGUUCCUAGCAACGAACCUAGACGGUCACUACUCGGAGCAGUAUCAUCUUGCGCAAAUGAUAGCCAUCUUGGGCCCCCCGCCACUGGACUUCAUACGAAAGUCCGAGAGGAGCGGCAAGUUUUCGGACCGAGACGGUAAUGCGUCUCUCAGCCUCGAUCUCCCAUUAUACUCACGACAGUUCACAGGUAACUGGGUCUGCGAUGUGCCGAUCCCCAAGAACAGUCUGGACGCCGCAGAGCGCCGGCCUGAGGCACAGGAGAAAGAAGACUUCCUCGCUUUCAUAAGGAAGAUGCUGCAAUGGAAGCCCGAGAAUCGGAGCAGCUGCCACGACAUCUUCUGGGACGAAUGGCUGUUGGCAGACCUGAUCGAGUCAGGAGUUGUGGUCCGAGACUAG